AGAGUCUGAGUUCUACAUCUGCUUUUUACCUUAGAAGCGACAACUCCUGUCUUUUUGGCGCAACAAACAUGGCUGUAGAUGUCCAGAAGGCUGUGCGGAGUAUCUCUAAAGCAGAAGAUGUCCGACAAGAAACAACUCUUCUCAUGAAGCCCUUUGCCAACUGGGAAGAGUUCCUGAUGCCAGGCCCACUCUCUAUCGCCAUUCUUGGAGAGCUGGUGUUCAUUUCCUCCAGAGAUGACUUCUCCAUUAACAAGAAUGCACCCAAGGAUGGGUUCAAAUAUAUUCGUUAUCCCGAGUCCUUCCGUGCUUGUCUUAUGCAGGUGACAAAUAGUGGAUGGAUGGCCUUUAAUGAAGCUCACAAGAACAUGGACAAGAUCAGACUUCACUCUGCCAAUGUACCAAACUACAUGAAAAUGGCUGUGAAGACCCUCCUCCAGGACAACAUUGACCUUGUUAAAUCUCUUCUUCCAGGUCAACUGAAAAAUAUCAGUGAUGUAGCCUUUGAGUGCACAAGUUUGGCAGAGUCAACUGAGAAGAUGUUCACUGCUGUCAUUUUGCUCAUUCAGGAACUGCUAGAGGCUUGCAUGAAUGCAAAGCAGUGGUAUGAAGAAGAUCUCAAGACCAUAAAGUUAAAAUUGGAGGAAGCCAAGAUAAAAAAGGAGUCAACUGAACUGGCAAAAAAGUUGGCCCAAGAGAACCUGACCCGCAUGACAAAACAGCUGGAUGAAGCCCAUGACAUGUUUAAGAAGUCAAUGGAUUCUAUGCCCUCUGGAUGGGAAAUGAUUGGAAUGAACUUUGUGGAAGGCAUCACCGAUUCAGUGAAUAGUCUGAUUUCUGGCUAUGUUGCAAUGUACACAGCCCCUAGUAAAAUUGUUGGUGAAAUAAAGGGUGCAAUAGGCUCGGCAAUCCAUCCUGGUCAAAGUACCAACCCUGCAGCUGUCAACAAUGCUUAUUCUAAAUCUGCACAGCUGCUAAAACUCUCACAGCAAAUCCAGGUGUUUGUGGAGAAAGAUCAAAUCAAAUGGAGUGAUCUCUAUGAUGAGAAAUCUCAAUCUGUGAAGUCAGACUGGCAGAAGAAGCAAUUUGAAGAUAUUGAGAAGAGUGUGAAAGCUGAAGAAGAAUCCAAACCAAAAGAGAAAGUCCUGGCGAUCUGUCAAGCUGCUGUCUCAAUUUGUGGUUUAAUUACAAAAUAUGCACCCAAAAAAGAGUGCCCUGAAGAAGAAAAGAAGAAACUUCUAGCCCAGAUAAGCAGUCUGAAAGAUAGUUGUGAGAUGUUUGAUUCAGAGAGUAAGGCAUUCACCAAUUCUUCUGCUUUUUCUGCUACUCCACCAAAGAUGGCUCAGCAAAGUAGUGGAGAAAAGAAAAGCGCAGGUCAAAUGGCCACUGAGAAUGCUCGGUUCAAAAUUGAACAAAGCAGAGCCCAGCUUCAACAGGUACAGGACAUGUACCAGAAGAGUGUAGACAACCUGGAGAAGAAUAACAAGGAGCUGGCAGAGAUUCUUACCACUAUGCAGUCCUGCAAAGUAAAGGAGAUUGAUUUCAAUACUGCAGUGAAGAUGCUGGUCAAGGGCCUUGAUGCCAUGGGCCGUGUGAAGGAGCAGUGGGAGAAAAUGGUUCGCUUCUUUCAGAUGAUCUCAAACCUGAUCAGUACUUGCCUGAACACCUCUUUGAAGCAGUUUGUCAAUACGGCUGAUUCAGUCCACUCUAUACAAGGCUACUCCUCCAAUGCUUUUGUAACAGAUAUGAUUUACACCCAGGCUUUCCAGGCCUCCAACAUUGCCAAUCUGGUCCACAUGAUUGCUGAAACUUACACUGAGGUCUCCAACCUGUAUCUCAUGGACAAGAUCAGUAGCCUUGGAAAGCUCAUGGCAAUGGAUCCUAGUAAUCCUCAGUUUGAUUCAGAACGUGGAAAGCUGGCCACUGACUGUGAAUCUGCCAAGGAUGGCAUCCGAAGCCUUGUGCUGAAGAACAAGGAGGAAUUUGAAAAUGGUGUGAAUUCACGAGUUCAGGCGAUUGAAAGUGGGUUGAAAUCUGUGCUGCCUCCCAUUUCUGAUACAGAGGAAAAGAAGAUUCAGUCCAACAUCUCUACUGGAAUAAAGAAUAUGACCGUGGAAGAGGAGAAUCAAUUUGCCUAAAUUCUGUUGCUAGUCCAAAGAGGCACACUGUCAGCUUUUGUUCUGAUAGAAAACCUUACCAUGUACACUUUUUUUGGUCUUUCAUGAAACUACAUAGCAUUCUGAAGAGAACUUUCUAAAAGGCAUCGAAAUUGGGACCAAGAACCAGAUCUGAAGAUGGAGUGUUCUAACAACCCUGUGAUUUGGCUUUACUUCAUGAAGCCUAAUGUUUAAUUUACCCUACAUGGCCAAACACCUUAAUGUAUCAGGAAUAACUAACUUUUUAAUUGCAGACUUUUCUGGGCUUGUUUAUAAAUGUAAUUUGUUUUUUUUUUUUUUCCUAUUGUACUGGAAUUUCACCCUAUACAUAGAAAUUCAUUAAAUGAUUAGAACUCAAGUUAGGUAAAAUUUAGUCGUCUGACUCUGGCCUGGAAGAAUCAGAUUUCAAAUAUUGUUUUCUAUUCUAAGAUUCCUUUGAAAUGCCAUGGGGUGGGGAUUCCCGUUUAGGAAUUUUGGAUGCUUUAUUUUGGUCCAUACUUAUCUCCUCUGUCAACUUCUGUAAAUGGCAGUUUUCAAGUUCUGCAUAUCCUUUUAAAGAAAGCAAAUCCCAGAAUUGUUUCCCAUUUUUCUGCUUUAAUGGGUAGAAUUGUCAAAUACUAGUUGGCUGCAUGUUGAAACAAUACCUAAUUACUGAUAAAGUAGUUUAGAUGGCUAAUGACUGAACUGCUUUACUUGAUGGACCAAAGGAUUUGAGUAAUGAAGUUUUCAAGGUGAAGAAAGUUUAAAUUCCUCUGAAAAGAGUUUGCAGAUGUUCUAAUCCUGUUUUGAAUAACUGGUCUUGUUAAUGUGUUUCAUGCGAAGUAAAUGCUGAUUUAACUGCAAUAAGAUAUCUGGUGUGUUUUUUGGGGGUGUGUUUGCCUUCACUCCAGCAACUCUGUAUAAUGUCUCCUUUAAAUAUUUGUAAUCC